ACUCCAGCAAUUUGAGACUUGGUAAGUAUCUUUGUUAAAUAUUGCAACUUCGGGAACUGUCAUAAAACUAAACAUUUAUGCCCAUUCCAACACUUAAAUGUCCCAAGUGCGCAUUUAAGGGCGUUUCAGGAUCUUCGUAGGAGUGUGAAAUGUUCACGAACUGUAUAACAGUUGGUGUAGACACAUCUCUGACCUAUCUCUGGCGUCUGCUUAUAAAAGAAUUUCAAGCUGUUGACACAAAAGUUGCUUGAGGAUCCAAAUGUCGCAAAACAUGAAAAUAGUGCUCGUUUAUUUGUUGUGUGCCGUCCACGUCCGGGCAGGCAUCGUUGGCAUGAGGUGCAAGUGGCCAAAUGGAAUGACAUUCGAUAACCAACAAACUUUUCCAGCUCCUGACCGCUGCAACACAUGCACCUGUUCUCACGGAAUCAUCAGCUGCACUAAGAUGACCUGCAUCAGCACGUGUAUCGGACCAGACGGACAGGUGCACCCGGAGCAAGUUCCUUUCAAACACGUUGAUGGAUGCAAUACAUGCGUGUGCAUUAAUGGAACGGCUGCCUGCACUAAGAUAAGAUUCAUUAACAACAAGCGUCAGGCGACCCUCCAAAAGACCUGCCGCAGUCCAACUGGACAGGUGUACAUGGAGGGUCAGAUCUUCCCAUCUGCUGAUGGCUGCAACGUCUGCUCUUGUCGCAACGAAAGGAUUGACUGUACUGCGAUGGAUUGUUCACCCACAACGUGCCUCGGCCCCGGUGGACAGGUGUACAAGGAGGGUCAGUCCUUUCCAGCUUCUGAUGGAUGCAACACGUGCGUGUGCACUAAUGGCAUGGUCGCCUGCACCGAGAUAAGAUGUAGCAGCAACACUUGUGUUGGCCCCAAUGACCAGGUGUACACAGAAGGCCAGUCUUUCAAAGAUGCUCAAGACUGCAAUACCUGCACGUGUCAUAAUGCAAGGAUCACCUGUACGAUGAUGGCAUGUGUCGGAUGAGGCGGUUGCUGGUGUCUGGAGAAAACUGUUUCUCAGCGCUGAUGGAUGCAACAACUGCGCAUGUGUAAACUCUCAAAUUGUCUGUACAGAGCAAAUUUGCAUUGCUGGAAAUUAGCAUGAAAAAAUAAGAGUCUAUAAAAAUAAAAUAAUAAAUAAAUUUGAUCCUUCUUUGAUA